AUGAAACUGCAAGCUGAGGCGGAACAACUGGACGAUGCUCUGGCUCAAACAUUGAACGUAACUCCUGCAGCAUACACGCCUACUGCUAACAACACUUUCUGCAGUUCCACUCCAGUAACAAAAUGUCCAAUGUGUGGAUCAGAUAUGUAUUUGAGGCGAAAGAAGAGUAACGAAAAUGAAUUCUACAUUGACUGCGUGUCGUACCCACAGUGCAAGAAAGCCUUCUGGUUACAUUCAAUUGUAAAAAAUAUUGAAGUGUUAACAAACUCGUGUGCAGUGUGUGGUCCAAACAACAAGAAUCUGAAGUUCGAAUGGAGUAACAACUCGAUAAGUCAUUUAUACCCGCCUCCUUACACCGGCUGCAUCGGCGGCUGCGACACAACGCUCAACGAUGUGCUCGGUGUACACCGGACAUCUGUGAACCCUCACAUGAAUGAACCCUUCAACAAACCCUUCGUCGAGCCCUCCGAUGAACCCUCGUGCAAACCUACCGAUGAACCCACAUACAAACCCACCGAUGAACGCUCCACAGACUCUUCCGGUUUUGUUAGUGAUGCAAGUACAGGGAACUCAACUCGCAACGCAACAGCUCUCAAUGUAGGGGAUAACACAAUUGUGUGCACAUGUGGGCAGCCCGCAGCACAGUGCACAUCUAAGCAGCCGAACAAAAAUGAAGGAAGAACGUUCUAUAAAUGUCAAGCGACACACACAUUGUGCAAGUUUUUCCAAUGGGGUCCCCCAGUGGAUUCGUUACAAAACACCAAUGAAACACCAUCAAGUUCAAGCAGAUAUAGUGUUCGAAGGAGUUUUCCCGCUCCUUACUCUACGCGAGGGGUAGAAGUGGAGUGCGGCUGUGGCUGGGCCAGUGUCAAAAUGACAGUGCGACAGGGACCAAACAUAGGCCGUCUAUUCUACUCUUGUUCUAAAGACAAACGUUGUUGCAAGUUCUUCCAAUGGGCUGAUUAUACUACAAAUUCAGGACAACAGUUAGCAAAUAACAGAGGCUGGGGCAGAGGUCGGGGCUCAAGUGGCAGCGGGUCCAGUACCCGCGAGGCACGCAAUUUUCGCAAUUAUUUCGAAUUUUGUCGCGUUUUUAUUUCAGUUUUUGUUCCCGACGUCUAUUACAGACUACAUACU